AUGGUGUCCGUUGCCACUGCUCCCCUCUCACCGGCCCUUACAGCGACACCCUCCAUCCAUCACUCAAAGAUGAUUGCAGCUUCGUCUCCUGUAUCGAUCCUCAAAUCUUCCAAGCCUGUCGGAAUCAAACGCAAAAUGGAUGACGCCGACUUGACCCUCUCCCCAUCCCCGCAGGAUGACCUUCCGAAGCAUCUUGCAAAGCGCCCACGCGUCACCUUCGACGACAAAGACAGUGUUCGCACAUUCUCGGUUCUUUCCGAAGACCCGUUCACAAACACGGAUGGAAAGAGCCUCGCAGUGAUUCGUGAGGAGGUGCGUCGGGCCAUUCACCACCAUGUUACAACUGGAGAUAGCGAGGCCUAUGACCAAAUCAAGGAGAUCUUCACCGCCGACCCCAAAAAGGCCGACUCCGGCAUGCAAUCAUGGAGCCUCCCGACGCAUGUAUCUCUCAAGAAUCAUCUGAUGGGUCUUCUCUCUCACAUCGCCUCCUUAGACCGCAACUGUAGUGGGCUGGUUCAGGCUAUACUGAACAGUGAGUGGCUUGGUCGCGAUGAGGCAUACGUGAAGCUCUUCAUCCGGUUCCUGGGCAAUCUUGCUGCUGCACAGGGAUCAUAUCUCUCUCUAGUUUUCCGCAUGUUGACUUCGAAAUUAACCGGCGUGUCAUACGGAACUGGCCGACUGCCUGGCUACCCUGUCGUUACACCCUCGGAGAUCUACACCCGUAUUCACAUGGCCCUGCGCCAUGUGUUGCGGCUCAUUCCCGCUGGGAGUGGAGCUCUAUCACCGAUUCUAUCCCAACAGUUUCCUCCCGAUCCCGACCCAGCUAAGUGUUUCCUCGCAUACACCCGAAAUCUCAUCAGAAUCACCCAAUACGCCCCGGAGCUGCAGUCUGACAUCCUUGCCCUUAUCACCGAGAGACUGGUCAAAGUUGAUGUGCAGAUACAAGUGGAUUUGGAAGACGUUGAGGACGAGUUCGGGGAGGAGUUCCUACUAGAAGCCCCUCCGAACCCGGAUGAAGAACUGGAUGAAGACGAUGAGGAUUUUAGUGAUGACGAUGAGCAGGAACAGCGCGCUCAGGAGAUCAAGGGAAACAUUCAAAAAGUGGACGGAAUGCUUGAUAUCCUCUUUGAAUUCUACUCGGACCCGUUUUCAUCAGGAACAGCCGCCGACAAAGAAAAUACUCUGUCACUUUUGAUCAGCCACUUCCGAUCCAUCAUUCUCCCAACCUACAAAUCACGACAUUCACAAUUUCUCCUUUUCCAUUUCUCUCAGCUGUCUCCGGAUCUUGUUGAGCUGUUCGCCACGGAAUGCAUGGAUAUUAUCUCCAGCAAACGCCAGCCAGGUCUCAUGCGCCAGUCUGCAGCCGCUUAUCUGGCCAGCUAUGUUGCUCGUGGUGCCCACAUCUCUGGCGACGUUGUGCGUGAUGUCUUCGACCUCCUUCUCACACAUGUGGACAAUUUACAAGCGGACUAUGAACCUGGCUGCCGUGGUCCAGAUCUCCGACGCUAUGCUCCGUAUUACUCUACCGCUCAGGCCGUAUUCUACAUUUUCUGUUUCCGCUGGCGUGACCUGACCACCGCAGCCAUCGAUGGUGACACAAUGGAUCAAAUCGAUGAGCUGGAGCCGAGUCAGAUCACCUUUCCACCCAACAUCAAGGAGUACCUCCACAAGUCGAUCUACUCGCGACUGAACCCGCUUAAAAUCUGCUCGCCCGGCAUCGUGACCCAAUUUGCACGCAUUGCCCACCACUUCCAGCUGCUCUACGUCUAUCCUCUUUUGGAGACCAACAAGCGUCUUCGCAUCACUGCCUUCCGCAGCAUCGCCACUCAUGGCCACGUCGAGCGUGAGACUCGCGCUAGUGAUCAUCUUGGCCAUCAACUUGAUGCCUACUUCCCAUUCGAUCCGUACCACCUCCCCCGCAGCCGACGCUGGCUGGAAGGUGACUAUGUCGAGUGGCGCGGUGUGCCAGGUCUAGACGAUGAGGACGACUCAGACAGUGACGCCGAUGAUGACGAUGACGAUGAUGACGACGUCACAGCAACUGACGAGGAGUGA